UGGCCCUGCUCCCUCUUAAGGGGGUGCGGAGGUUUGAGUGUACCCCGAGGAGGAGCCGAGGUGGCGCUGCUCACCUGCCCUGGGCCCAGCUGUACCGCAGGGCCUCCACCAGGAGCUGCUGGGCUCGCAGGGCCUGCGAGGGGAUGACAGAGCUCGGGUGGGAGCGCAGCUCUGCCGGGGGCUUCUGAAAACUUCGGCUCCACGCAGCGCUUGUGUUUUGUAGGCACAGAGAAACCAGGCCAGUGGCACGGCUCUGCGUGGUGGUGAUGUGCUCACAUCUCGCUUUGUUCUCCCCUGAUCAAAGCCACGUAGAUGGAUUUGUUCUGGUAACUUUGCGUUGUGUUGAGGUUCAGACAAACCUCUGACAGGAUGUUGGGAUUUCUGAAGGAGCCAGUUGUGGUCACUGCAAAGAUCAAUGUGAGCCUUGUGGCACUGACUGUGAUGGGAUUAAUAAGUCGUCUCUGGGGGCUUUGCUAUCCACGGGCUGUGGUUUUCGAUGAAGUUUAUUAUGGCCAGUUUGUUUCACUCUACAUGAAGAGGAUCUUCUUUGUGGAUGACAGUGGCCCACCCUUUGGCCACAUGCUGCUGGCCCUGGGAGGUUACUUAGGAGGAUUUGAUGGAAACUUCCUAUGGAACAGGAUUGGAGCUGAGUACAGCAUGAACGUUCCUGUGUGGUCCCUGCGACUCCUGCCAGCCCUGGCUGGUGCUCUCUGUGUGCCUUUAGCCUACCAGAUUUUGGUUGAACUGCACUUCUCCCACUGUGCUGCACUUGGAGCUGCUCUGCUGAUUCUCUUGGAAAACUCUCUGAUCACUCAAUCAAGGUUCAUGCUUCUGGAAUCAAUACUGAUUUUUUUUAUCCUGCUUGCAGUUUUGUCCUACCUGAAGUUCUACAAUUUGCAAAAGCACAGUGCCUUCUCUGGAAGCUGGUGGUUUUGGCUCCUGCUGACUGGAGUAGCCUGUUCUUGUGCAGUUGGAGUGAAAUAUAUGGGCCUGUUUACCUAUAUGCUGCUCUUGGCCACUGCAGGACUCCACUUCUGGCACAUGAUAGGAGACCAGAACUUGUCAAAUGUUUCCUUGCUGUGCCAUUUUCUAGCCCGGGGUCUGGCCCUCAUCAUCAUCCCCAUGGGGCUGUACCUCUCCUUCUUCUACGUUCACUUGGCUUUGCUCUAUCGCUCUGGGCCUCACGACCAGAUCAUGACAAGUGCUUUCCAAGCCAGCUUAGAGGGUGGGCUGGCUCGAAUCACCCAGGGUCAGCCCUUAGAGGUGGCCUACGGCUCCCAGAUCACCCUGAGGAACGUGCUGGGCAAGCCCAUGCAGUGCUGGCUGCACUCUCACACCAACACUUACCCCAUCAGGUAUGAGAAUGGCCGAGGGAGUUCCCAUCAGCAGCAGGUGACCUGCUAUCCCUUCAAGGAUGUGAACAACUGGUGGAUUGUCAAAGAUCCUGGGAUGCAGCAGCUGGUGGUGAGUAACCCCCCCCGGCCUGUCAGGCACGGGCACAUCGUGCAGCUGGUCCAUGGCAUCACAACUCGCUACCUCAACACGCAUGAUGUUGCUGCUCCUCUUAGCCCCCACUCCCAAGAAGUUUCCUGCUAUAUUGAUUAUAACAUCUCCAUGCCAGCACAGAACCUCUGGAGAGUGGAAAUUGUAAAUCGUGAGUCUGACACGGACGUGUGGAAGACAAUUCUGUCAGAAGUGAGGUUUGUUCACGUGAACACCUCUGCAGUGCUAAAGCUGAGUGGAGCAUCUCUGCCUGAGUGGGGAUACCGGCAGCUGGAGGUGGUUGGAGAGAAGCUGUCCAAAGGCUACCACCAGAGCAUGCUGUGGAAUGUGGAAGAGCACAGAUAUGGCAAAAGCCAGGAGCAAAAAGAGAGGGAAGUGGAACUCCACUCCCCCACUCAGAUGGACAUCAGUAAAAACCUCAGCUUCAUGGCAAAGUUCACAGAAUUGCAGUGGAAAAUACUCACAUUAAAAAAUGAAGACACAGAACAUAAGUACAGCUCCUCUGCCCUGGACUGGAUCACAAUGGACACCAAUAUUGCCUACUGGCUCCACCCCACCUCAGGGGCCCAGAUCCACCUCCUUGGGAAUGUUGCCACCUGGGCUUCAGCUAAUGCUGCUGCUCUGGUGUACGUGUGUCUGUCCCUGUGGUACUUGCUGCGGCGGAGGAGGAAGAUCUACGACAUCCCUGAAGAUGCCUGGCAGCUCUGGAUGGCAGCGGGAGGCAUUUGUGGUGGAGGCUGGGCUGUGAAUUACCUGCCCUUCUUCCUGAUGGAGAAAACACUUUUCCUGUACCACUACCUGCCUGCUGUCACAUUCCAGAUUCUCCUGAUUCCUGUGGUACUGCAGCAUCUCAGCGAUCACCUCUGCAGAUCUGUGCUGCUCAAGAGCAUGUUCAGUGCCCUGGUUGUGGCCUGGCUCUCCUGGGUGUACUUUGUGUACUGCACCUUCAGCCCCCUGACCUACGGGCAGCCCGCGCUGGCCCUCGCGGAGCUCAGGGCCCUGCGCUGGAAGGACACGUGGAACAUCCUGAUCAGAAAGCAGUGACCACUCCAGCCUGGCUACAGCAAAGGGAAACACUUGUGCAAAGGCAAGAAUUUAUUGUUAGCAUCAUGGAAAUCUUAACAGUCGCUUCAGGUAUUUGGUAGUAGUCCAGAUCUAAUGAUUACAGGAGGAAAUAAAGGAAUGCUGUUACAGAAAAGGUCUCAGCAGUAAUACAGCUGUUAUGAGCACAGUUCCAGUUUCUGCCCCUGUUACAUUCACCCCUCACUGCCCCUCAGGGUGUGAAGGUUGCUGACUUUAGUCAACAGCAUCCCAGCUCCUUUGCUGGGAAGAGCUGCAACAAUUUCUUCUCUUUCCUGGAAAUACUGUGGUGGUUUCUUCCUUCUGGCACUACAUUGCACUUAGGGCCAUUUCAUGUGUUUCCUAUCACUGUGGUCUGCAAUCCCAUUAUAUGCUUAUUAUAAAUGGACUCUACAACACAUCAGAUACUUUUUUCCUAUUUUCUUUGUUAUGCCUGAAACCCAGAUUUCCCUCUCUAAGGCUUGUUCAUCUUUAACAAUCAGUAACUGGCCCUGCAGCCUUACAGCAUCAUUCCAUGACUCUAUUCCUCAACAAUGCAUUAUUUGCCCCCAACUUCCAAUGCUCUGCUAUCAUUUCUAUUUAUGUAAACACAGCAUUAAGCUACAUUUAUAAAUAGUUUGUUCUGCAUAGAAUAAUGACUUGUUACUAUUAUCUAUUUAUAAUCAUCUGACAUAAGCAUCACUUUUAAGAAGAUAAGCAAAAUAAAAAGACAUUAAGAAUUGC